GCGGGUGCAGCAAAGGAGCGGAACCGGGCCCGGCGGGGAGCAUGGGCCGCCCCGCGCUGCUAUUGCUGCUGCUGCCGGGCGUUCUGAUCUGCGCCCCAGGAUCCUGGGCUCUGCUCUGCUUGCAGUGUAAGAGUAGGGGCCCCUGCCAGGAGGAGAUGUGCGCCCCCGGCCAGGACCUCUGCAGGACCACAGCCAUGCGUGUGUGGGAAGGAGAAGAAGAGCUGGAGGUGGUAGAGCGGGGCUGCACUCACGCAGAGAAGAGCAACAGGACGAUGAGCUAUCGGAGGGGCUCACAGAUCAUCAGCCUUACAGAGACCGUGUGCGGGUCCGACUUGUGCAACAAGCCCAGACUCGGCCGGCAGCGCACCUUCAGCAUGGGCCGAUACCUCGAAUGUGUUUCCUGCACCUCGUCAGACAUGAGCUGUGAGCGGGGCCGGGAGCAGAGCCUGCAGUGUCGCCAUCCCAGAGAGCAGUGCCUCGAUGUGGUGACCUAUGACAACCUGAAAGUGAAUGUGAAGGACGAACACCACACCCGUGGCUGCGGCUUCCUUCCCGGCUGCCCCGGCCCCACUGGCUUCCACAACCACCACAGCUUCCACUACCUGCAGUGCUGUAACAGAACCAACUGCAACCGGGGCCCAGUCAUACAGCUCCAAAACCUGCCACCAAACGGCGUCCAGUGUUACAGCUGCGAGGGGAACAGUACCCACGGGUGUUCCUCCAACGAGAGCUCGCUGGUCGACUGCCGCGGCCCCAUGGAUCAGUGUCUCCAAGCCACGGGUCCUAUAGGACUGGGGAACGAGACCUUCACAGUGAGGGGCUGUGUGACUGCCUCCUGGUGCCAUGACUCCCACAUGUCCGACAUCUUCAGCCUGACCCGCCUCAGUAUCUCGUGCUGUAAGGGCACUGGCUGUAACCACCCAGCCAGCGACAUCCAGUACCGCAGUGGGGGCGCCCCCCGGCCUGGCCCUGUCCCCCUUAGCCUUGCCAGCACUCUGUUGGUGAUCAUAAGACUAUGGGGAGGCGUUCUCCUCUGGACCUGAACCUCAAGCCCUCCACCCUGGCUGGACCCAGGGAAUCCCUCUGCUCUGCCUUCAACUCCGGUUCUUGCAGACGUGUGCCAGUGUGCUGUCCUCUCUGGACCACCGUCUCCCCAGCUGUGAAAUCUUUCCUGAGAGGCUGAAGAGAAAUGUUGGAGAAAGGCUGCCGGCAAGCAGGAAAGAUCUUGGUUUUAUUAAUAUGGUUGCCAUGCUUGUUAAUAUUAUUAUGAAUAUUCAUAU